CCUCCGCCCGGGUUGAAACUGCCUUGCGCUCUGCGGGCGUCUUAUAUAGUCCGUUUCAAACUCACCAUGAGAAUCUCGGGAGCUUCCCAUCUCUCUCCAGGUCUGCCUUGCCCCCGAUUGCAGCGUCUCUCGCAGCGAGCGGGGGCGAGGACGCGCUAUUUUGCAGCCUGAAAAAGAGGGGAAGGAAGAGAAAGCGGGGGAUUCCUUGCGAGGAGCCAGAAGCAAGCCGGCAGAGGGAGGAGAUGGAUGGUGGGGAGACUCGGGCGUUCCUAACUCCGCCAGCACGUUCCAGGAUGGUGCUCCAAAAGAAUUCCUUCCCCUACAUCUGAUUCUUCUCCUCUCCUGCUUCUUUGCCCAGGAGUUAGAGACCUUAAGAUGUCUUUGGCGUUGGGGCUCCUGGGCUUAGUUCUUCUGCAUAUAGCCCUUUGCAAUUACUCAGAAGAUCAGUGUAGCUGGAGGGGGAGGUAGGUAUUAAUUACGAACAAAUUUCUUGCCUUCAAAACGUGUAGUCGAAAAGUGAUGCUGUUUGACCUUCAUUCAUCCGCAGAGGUUUUUCCUUCUCUCUUCGAAAUACUGGGUUGUGUAGGUUCUUCAAACCUGCUGUGUUCCAUGCUAGCAGCUAGAGUUUAGAAUGAGUCCUGGUAAGCAUUAAGGGAGUCAGUGGUGCAACAGCAAUUCAAGGAGACAGGCAGAAAAAGAAAUUAGAUUUUGGAUGCGGAAGCGGUGCAGGGUGUGAGUCACGGGCUUGUCUAGCCAACUAAGUUUUACACAGAGUAGACCCAUCAAAAUGAAUGGGCCUAAGUGAGCCAGGCUCAUUAACUUCAGUGGCGUCUACUCUGAGUUAGAACCAACAGUGGCUACAAUCCACAGCUUCUUAUAAAGAGUAGGGUCAAAUUCCCUUCAGGGUUUUGCAAAGCGAGCUGGUGAUGGGUCUCCUUAACUGGGCCUUUUAUGUUGCAAAACCAUGUCCUGGGGUUGGUUUGGCAUCCUCCUUAACUGAUUGAUUUUAGCUUUUUCAUGGAAUUACAAUGGGACUUGGCUGCUGGUUAUUGUUGUCCCCCACCCCCACCCCACAAGUGGAGAUUGGGAGUGCAAUUCUAUAUGUGCAUACUCAAAAAUAUGACUUACUGAGUUCAGUGGAAAAGGAUUGCUGCCUAACUUGUUCUGAUAUUUUAUGGAUAAGAGAGAGAGAGAAGUAUCGGAAUGUCCUACUGUUCUUUGACAAUGGUUUACCAGAAAGACAAGUGAGGUCAUACUUAUUUGAGAGUUUAACUUUCCUCCUGGCUUAGUAAACAUUGAUUGCCCUAAACCAUCCUUGUUCACGGACCAUAAUUCUGGUCUUCUGCUAGGGACGCCUAACUUAUACUGGCUGAAACUGAUUGAGUGAUUUUGUGGACUCUCUUAGGAUGGUGCUUGUCAUUUGAAUCUUAUCAGUACUGCAAAAUAAAAAGUACUGUAAAAUAGGAGAAAAACUUCUGCCUGAGGAUUGCUAAAUUGGCUCAGUUGGUAGAGCAUGACACUGUUAAGCUCAGGGUUGUACGUUUGAGCCCCAUGUUGGGCCAAAGAUUGCUGCAUUACAGGGGUUUGAACUAGAUAGCCCUCAUGGUUCCUUCCAACUCUGCAAUUGUAUGAUUAGCUAGAGGCAUCAUUUUAGUGUGCUACAAGUUUUUCUUCACUUUCCGAACAACUGAUUAAAUAGGGCAGCCCUUUUUGCAACGUGUGCUGCAGUAGCAAACCGAAUCCAUAAAGAUUUCUGGAUUUGGCACCAGAAAGGCUUAGUUUGUUUUUUAAUAUUAUAUCCAACCUUUCUAUAAUUGAAGCUGGUUUGUGACACUAGUUGCUAUGCUGGUGUCCAGAAUGCUGGCCACACUUCAGGGCAUGGCAUGCCUAGAUUGAGAUGCAGGGGGUCAUAAGAACAGCUGCGCUGGACCAAAGCCUGUGCUUUAGAAAAUAAUAAUAAUUUGACAAGCUGUGUGGCUGGAGGCAAUGGUACAACUAGGUAAUUUUAGAUGGUGGGAUUUAUGGUCCUAAAUCCCUAUCGCCCCACCCCCAGUAAUGGGUUUUCCUUCGCUUCCAUCAAAAUGUGUCGAGCCAGCCCUCUUGCAUUCCAGGGCCCUGUUUCUUAUUCUGCUGAGUUGGGGCCCCACCAUAGAAUCAUAGAAAUGUAGAGUUGGAAGGGGACCCCCAGGGUCAUCUAGUCCAGCCCCCUGUGAUCCAGGAAUCCUGCCCACAGACAUCCCUGGGUGGGCUUGAACCACCAAACUUUUGAUGAACAGGAAAGCGCACUGACCCAUUCCACCACGGGAUCCUCUGCCCUAAAGUCCUGUCCUAAUGGCACCACUGGCUAGAGGAGAAAACAUUGGCGUUAGACUGAAUGCUUCUGAGCUAGUGUGGCUUGUGGGACUCAAAAUGUUUCUGAUACCUGAACAUGGUGGCUAUGCGAUUCCUCCACAGUUGGAGGUAGUAAUGUGUCUGAAUGCCACUUGCUGGAAACUGCAGGAGGGGACAGUGCUUUUGGGCUUGGGUCCUUCUUGCGGCUGUCUCACAGUCAUCUGUUUGGCCACCAUGAGAACAGGAUGUUGGACUAGAUGGGCCAUUGGAUUGAUGCAGCAGGGUCCUUUUGCUGUCUUAUACUGAGUCAGACCACUAGUCCAUCUAGGCCAGGCAUGUCCUAAGUCCAUAUUGGGGUAAAAUUCUACAAACAAACUUCAGUCCUAAAAAAAAAAAACACCUCAACAACUUCGGGGUAAAAUCAUAAAAAGCUCAACAACUUUGGUCGGCCUUCACGCUUGUUUGGCCCUCUUUGAAAAUAGUUUGGGCACCCCGAUCUAGGCUGAUGUUUUCUAGACUGACGGGCAGCAGCUCUCCAGGGUUUCAGACAGGGAUUGGCCCUGGGCCCUUCUGCAUGCAAAGCAGAGGCUCUACCACUGAGCUACGGCGCUUCCCCAUUUCAAAAAGCAACAAAAGAACACGUCAUACUUCCUUUGUGUAGAAUGCUGAAAUGUGACGCAGCGAUGGUGGGGUAGGCUGGAGGGAAGGAGGCAACGCCUGUGUAUGGCGACUUACAGGACAUCAUCAUAUCGAGCAGAGACAGUGAGAAGUUAAUGCAGAGAUUGGAGCAUGGCUGGCUUGGCCAGUUUAGCCUCCUCUCUAUGACAGCCCCUUGUGGCAUUCAUUACAGUGGCCGAGCUGAGAAAUACUGGAGAUUUGGUUUUAUUGCACGUUUCAUCUUAAAUGGUAACCUUGCACUUGAAAUGCGCUUAGAGAAUGUAUUGACAGUUUGCAUUGGAAUUAUCAUAAAUUCACCAUCAUUUAUUUCCUUCCCACGUAAUUUAGUAUAGUUGUAUCCUGUGGGAAAUGCAAGAAAGAAUGACAACAUUGUUAGGUUGUGUGGGGGCUUUGAAAGCUGGUGGGUUUUUUUAAAAGUCUCACUAAACAGACCAUGCUGGGUUUGUUGAGCAAAUGCUCUGUUACAAUUUCCCCUCUUUUAGCAGCUGUUCCCCGUGGGAGGUGGGGCAGUCCAGGCCCUUGCUACCUUAUAGAGCAAAGGUUGCUGCUGCAGCUCAGCUGAAUCAAUUCAGCUGUUGAGCCACAGACAGCUGACCAUAGUUGCUGUGUGUCUUAUUAUUAUUAUUUUCAUCGUUAUUACACAAUCACUGAGCAUAACACUUUUUAGGGAGUGCAGGCGGACAAGUCUCCAUCCUGAUGGGUUUAUGAUUCAAAAUGCAACGUAGGGAAAACAUCAGAGGAAGGGGAGUCAGGACAAGCGAGGGCCCCUCCAGACUGGUGCUUUAUUGCGGGUGUAUUCUGCAACAUUUGUAUGUUUACAUUUGCAAACUGCACUGAACCCUUUAGAUCGUAUUGAAGGCAUAGUUUUAUAGGUCUUUUUAUAUUAAAAUAAUUGAACUCAGAAACUUGUAUUUUUCCAGGGUUGAUGACUGACCAGUAUUGAUUUAGAUUGCCCAGUAUAAUCUGACCCAGAGGUCUUUGACUAUGUACCAACCACUUCUCUUUUAAGCCUUAAAAUGAAGGAGGGGAGUAUAAAAAGGGGGGUGCUUGUUCCUCUCAUUAAUCCUGUAGGACAACUGUUCUUCCUCCUGUGUCCUUUGCAGAAUGUCCAAGAUGAAAAUGGGAGGCGGGGAGGUAUCUGCAGGCAAAGCAGCCUUUUGAAAAUAACCCACAGCUGCAGGGCAGAAUAAUUUAGAUUGCAAGAGCUUUGAAGAAUUCAACCUUGUGGGUUAGUUCUACUCAGAGAAGACUCACAGAAAUUAGUGGGCAUGACUUAUUUAUGCACAUUCAUCUUAAUAGGUCUACCCUGAGUAAAACUUAGUUGGCUACACAAACCUUCUGUUUUCUGAGUAUUCUAUGAAUAUGAAUGAACCGUGUACUGCAGUCCAUGAACAGGAGAACCCUCAGACUUCAUUCAUAAAGAAGUGGCCCACUGUGUCUUCUAGCAUAAUGCGUUUGCUUUUGUGGGGCCUCUAGAGGGCAGCAUAACAGGGUUUUGGAGGGGCGUGUCGGGUGUGUGACACAGCUGCCGCAUCUGUUUCUCAGUGAUCUUGAUCCUUUGCAGAGCAGAUGAGUCACUUUUGCUGCAAACCCAUGGAGAUUAACGGACAGGUCUAACUUAGGCUCAGGGUAACUGAAUCUCCUCUGAGUUAAACUUCAUUGUGUUAUAACCAUAAGAAGGAAGAGUGGCAGGAACCUUCAACUUACCCGCAAAUGUUUAGCACCUAAGCCGCCAAACAGGUCACCAACUUCCUCCUUCUGCUGAGAUGUGUUUCUGUUUAAAGUAGAGUGAUUAUGUCUAAAUUUGCAUUUUUACAUAUACACUAGCACCAUACAUUUUUGGUGGUGGUGAAAAACAAAGUGCCAGUACUCCUAUAUCUAUAAAAUUGCUGUGGGUGCCAGCACAAAAUGGCUGCCAUGGGCAGCGGGAAAAAGAGGUGACUGUGCUCCGUACCGGUGAAGAUAACCACAAAAAAGCUAUUGCAUUAGCAUAUUUAAAGUUUGUACAAAUCUGUGUCUUUUGUCAUUUUUUGUGAUGCAUUUCAUCCGUUUUGACAAAGAGUAAGGGGCAACUCUAACUGGGGAGAGAAGAGCAAUCUGAACAGGUGUUAAUGAUGCAGAGGCAAGCUCUGAGAAUGUGGUUGAGAAAUACAAUGGGACUCAUUAUUGGCCACUGUGUCUCCCUGAGAGCCAGGGCCAGCUCUGACAUUAGUUAGGUGCUGGAGAACAGCAGCAAUAGUCAGGGGUGGCCCAAUAAAUCUUGCUGCUUACAGCAAUGGACCAGAUGCUGCUGUUGCCACUCCAUGCCAUACACCACUGCAGGACAGCCCAGGAUGUUUGGUUGCUCCAGGAAAAACUGGAAAAGCCACCACCCUGCCUCUUCCUCCUCUCUGGAGGCACCAUUGCCUGGAGGCAGCCCAGGGAUUAAAAAGAGGCUGGAAUGGAGCGCGUGGCACAGCAGCGGCACCCCUCUCAGCUGUCUGUAGGCUGCCCCAGUGUGCCUCAUGGGUGGGCUGACCCUGGUCCACUGCAAUGGCCAUUGCUGAUGGGUAGACAUUUUUUCACACCUGGGAGCAGCAGACUAGCUUGGGAGGGUGCUAUGCAACGCACACAGCUCUGUUCUCCAAUGUCUCACCUCUCACACCCUUUCAAACCUCCCUUCUCAGCCCUAACUUGCCUCUUUGCUGAUAUUCUUAUGAUACCAGUUGCUGCCUUCUUCCUGACUGAUGUAUGUCCUGACUUUCUUGGGAACAGAUGAAACUGCCCCGGCUUCCUUGUUAUACUAACUCCAUUCCACUAUCCCUUGCAGUGGUCUGUCGCAGGAAUCGGGCAGCGUGGAACAGAUCUCCUUGCACUGCGCUGAGGGAUCCCUGGAGUGGCUAUACCCAGCGGGAGCCUUGCGCCUAAGCCUUUUCCCCCGCCUUCCCACAGGCACCACCGGCAGAGAGAACCCCAGGCGGGUGACAGCCUGCAUCAAGUCCUCCAACAGCUUCCGAGGAGCUCAGAUUUACUUAGAGAGGGACGGUGUCUUGGAGCUCCUCCUCUCGGAGGCCGACGCUACCUUGCAGCCCAAGGUGCGCUGUUUUAGCUGGCUGCCCAAGGAGAAGGUUGCCUUGUUCCUCCAGUCCACCUUGCACCAGGACAUCAGCCGCCGGAUCGCUGCCUUCCGCUACGAGCUGCGGGGUGACUGGAACUCCCGCUUCUCGUGGCCGUCCAGAAACCUCAGCAUGGAAGGUAAAGUUCUUUUGGCUUUCAUGGCUGGGUUUGGAGGGAACAUUUUUGAUGCAUCCGUGGUAGUAUUUUCUCAAGCUUUUCUCUUCUAACUUAUCACACCCAGAAACCAUCUUCUCCACAUGUGAGCAUGGAGAGACCAAGACCAAGAAUCCAUUUAGCCAUGCCAAAUCAUGGCUUGUACGAAGCGUGGUUUAGAACCCAAACCAUGGUUUGAGCUUCCAAACAUAUAGGCAACCCAUGGUUUACUGUUGUUUUACCAUCUCACCAAUUCCAUUUCCAUGGUGUGUGGGGGUGUAACUUUGUCAAUUUAGCCAUCAUGCCAAAACAGAGUUAAGCCUCCUUAAACAUGAUUUGAUAUAAUUGUGGAUUCAGUUUAAAAUAAAUGUGACCCCUUCCCUUUCAUAAAACUGUACAGGGAAAUGUCAGAGGGACCCUUCCUCUCUCCCGCCUCCAGAUCAGGGUAGGAUUACAGGGCAGUAGGUAUAUGCCCAUUUUCAGAAAUCUAACAUAGACCAAGGAAGUUCUGCUGCUGGGGGGCAUUCAAUUCACCCAAUUCCUUGGACCUUGGGACCCCCAAACUCCAAACUGGUUCUGCUUUUUUUCAAGAGGAAAAUAAGUUAAAGGACAAACAACUCUGAAGUAAAGCAGUUUGGUAUAGUUCCUUAACCUUUACUUAUGGAACCCCCACAUUCAAAGCAUGAGACUUUUAAUCUCAGGGUUGUGGGUUAGAAUCCCAGAUUGGGCAAAAGGUUCCUGCGUUGCAGGUUGGACUAGACGACCCUUGUGGUCCCUUCCAACUCUUUGAUUCUGUGAAAGAUGGUAUUCCUCUGAAUACAAGAUUCGGGAGAGGGCCAGGGUCAGCAUAAUCAGCCUUCCUCCCUGUUGCUGGCUGUUCACCUGCCUUCUGCCAAAUGAGCAGUGAAAAAGGCAAGGGAAUAGGACCAGCAUCCUCUUAGCUGGCUCUUUCCCUCUGCCUUGCAGUAAUGCAGAUUUGGCCCAGAAGAAGAUAGCAAGCCAAUGGGCAGUGAUAGUGACACUGGCAAGGAGGGGCAAGGUUUUAGAUUUAGGUUUAUUAAAUGUGUAUAUUGCUUCUCACUAAAAGGUCCUGAAGCAAUAUACAAGUAAGUGAAAAAUACAGUAAUAAAUAUUCAAAAACAUAUUUAAAAGAAUAUAAUAAAAUGUAAUAGCAUUGGUGCUGCCAACAAUCCCCAGGAAAGGAAAUAUAUAUUUGCCUGGCGCUGCAGUGAUGCUAAGUUUGGGGCCAGGCAGGCCUCCCUAGGGAGAGCAUUCCAUACAGAAGGGCUUACUGCAGUGAAGGCUCUUUCUCUUGACACCACACUCUGUGCCUGGCUUGCAGGGAAGGGCUUUGGAUGAUGAUCUCAGGGGCCAGGCAGGCUCACCUAGGGGUCCCCCUGUAUAAGACUUUAUAGGUCAAAACUCGCUCAGGAUAUUUUGCCCAGGAUCCUUUGAAAUCUGAAGUUGACACUUGGGAGGUAGGGAUAGACAAAUAUGUCAAUUGCAGGCUUUCCCAGUACAAUUCCUCCCAUCUUAGCUCAGCUGGUAGAGCAUGUGACUCUUAAUCUCAGGGUCACGGGUUCAAGCCCCAUGUUGGGCAAACAAUUCCUGCAUUGCAGGGGUUUGGACUAAAUGAUGUUCAUGGUCACUUCCAACUCUACAAUUCUAUUAUUUCUACAUAAGCUUUUUUUUUAGUUCCCAUCCAUGAAGUUCUCCUAAUAUACACAUUUACUAUGCAAUCUGCCCUAAUAUACACAUCUUUGCAAACCAAUUUCCCCUAAUAUAAUGCAUUUCUCUAUAUUAUUUCCACUAAUAUAUGCAUUUUAUGCAUGCUUUACCCCAGUAUGUGCAUUUUUGCGCACAUUAUUUGGCUGGGGAAAUGCAUUGCAAAAUUUGGAGAAGCUCCCGUUUUGAAAGAUAGAUGUGUUUCGGUUUGCAUAUUGUUUUGGAAAAUGUACAUUACCUUUGAACAUGAACUGAAUUGAAUUCAUCCCCCAUCCCCAUUCAGGGAAGAAAAGAUCAAGGGAGGCUCAGUGCUCUCAAGCUCUAUUUCCAAGCUUUCCAGAAUCAUUUCCCUGGAUACUGCUAGGAACUGAAUCCUGGAACAGAUGAAUAUUUGCAUCAUAUUCUUAUGCCUAUUGUGUUACAAGUGGCACAUGCGUAGGAUCAUGAGCCACUGUGGUGUAGUGAUUAGAGUGCUGGAUUAGAGCGUGGGAGACCUGGGUUCAAAUCCCUACUCAGCCAUGAAGCUCGCUGGGCCAGUCAUUGCCUCUCAGCCUAACCUAGCACACAGGGUUGCCUUGAGCUCCUUGAAGGAAAAGGAGGCUAUAAAUGUAAAAUUAAACAAAAUAAAUAAGGAAGAAACAUGACGUUCAGGGCUAUUAUAGGUCCUGCUGGAAAGAAAGAGUGCAUGUAGCUGGGGCUGUUUGCUUUUUCCUUGGUGUGGAAAUAAGGUUGCCACACAACCAGAAAAUUUAUGUCCUGAUUAGAAUGGUGUCCUUUUUAGCCUGUGUGAAGAAGCUUUUUCAGCCCUGGGGCUGCAUUCCCUCGUGGUCAACUUUCCGGGGGCCACAUUUCAGUGCUGGGUGGGGCCGGGGCAAAAGUCUGUGGGACGAUGGAUGUGACUCAUUCACUUGCGCAGUGCCUUAGCCCAAUCCAAGAGUUGGUUCAGCAAUUCCAGGCUCAAACAGCACACUGGGCUUUCUCCAGGCAGGCAAGAAAGCAUUCCUUUCACAAAGCAACAGCUUUCUAUAAUGGUCAGAGUACUAUGACUCAUAUAUCCUUUAAAAAGAAGAAGAAGUCUUUCCCUACUUGGGGUAAAGGAACUCUGCACAUGCUCUGAGGCACCCUGAUGCUAGAGCAUUUGCAAACCAAACAUGGAAACAGUCUUAAUUUGCUUCCCAGGCUUAGGAAAGCGGAAACUCCUUUUGCUGUCGUUGCAUUUCAAGGACUCCGAAUGCUGUGUGGGCCUCCCUCACGGCAAGGGGAGGAGGUGGGCAAGUAACCCAAGCCGUCCGGAGUGUGCUCAGCAAUCGAAAACACAAGGCCGAAGAAGGAACAUCUAAUCGGCCUCAUCUCUGAGCUAACAAAAGUCCAGUGUGCGGCAGCUCGUAGCGGAGUCACCCGCCAAGACGUUCAGCUGCAUCUCAGAUAAGGCCUGAACAUGGUUACCAUAGCAACCCUAGGCAUUCUCCCCAACUGGGGAAUGGCUUUUUUUUUUUUUUAAUACUUUUUACUAGGCUUUGUCUUGAGAAAUGUUGGCACCUAGGGAACAGCCCAGCCCAGAGUUAGGCCCACUUGAGGCCUACCAGCUUAGCUCUCUAAUGCCAAUGGGAUUGUGCCCAGAGGGCAUCUUAGGAAAAUAGGAGGCUGCCUUCUACCAAGGCAGGCCAUUUUGUCAGGCCUAUUUCUUUAUUACAUUUCUAUCCCGCCUUUUCCUUCAAGGAGUUCAAGGCGGUACACAUGGUUCUCCCUUCCCCCAUUUUAUCCUUGCAACAACCCUGUGAGGUAGAUUAGACUAAGAAGCUGACUAAUUUCAAGCAACCUUCUACAGGUACUUAAACCUAAGAAGAUCAAUUAGUUGGAGCGUGGUGCUCAUAAUGCCAAAAUUUCUAUUUUGUUUGGCUGUAAAUCUUAACUCUUAUGAAGUAUAUUCUUUCCAUUAAACACUAGGAGCAGAAGGGGAAGCUUAAAGCUAAACCUUUUAGUUUAGGGUUUUUAAUGUUUCAUAUCUAUCUGUCUAUCUAUAUCUAGUUAUGGAAAAUGAGAAUUUAUGUUGAGUUAAUUUUGUUUAUAGAAUUUAGGUUUAAAAAACACCCCACCUCUGCAUAUGCCAACUUGACAUUUAAUACAUGAAGAGUUUGAAAACUCGCAACAACCCUGUGAGGCAGGUUAGGCUGAGAGGCAGUGGCUGGCCCAAGGUCACCCAUUGAGCUUCAUGGCUGAGUAACUGUGAAAGCCUCAUCUCCCAGCUUUUAGCCCAACUCUCUAACCACAACACCCCUCCUGAUCAAGAAUGAGGAAACUGUGGCCCUCCAGAUCUUGAUGGGAGUCAGUCUGAAUGGUCAACAGCCAGCGAUGAUGGGAAUUGCAAUUCAACAACUUCAGGAGGGCCACUGGUUCCUCACAUGUUGUCUGGCAGUGGCUUUCAAGGCAUUUGGUCCGGGAAUCUUUCCCAGCUCUUCCUGCUCAGCAGAGAAGCCCCACAUAGAGCUCAUUGCAGGAAUCCAGUCUUGAAGUAACCAGUGCAUGAACUGCUGUGGCCAGGUUUUCCCAGUCCAGGAGCAGUUGAUGAUAUUGUACCAGUCACAGCUGAUAAAUGAUGCCUCUAGCCACAGAGGCUGAGUCUCUAGUGUCAAAGAUGAAUAGAGUGUACCAGCCACUUUCCAUAUUUUCACCUGGCCCAAACAUGCCCUGGACUGCUAUUUCUCCUUCCCCUCCAUAGAUGAAGCAAACUUUUCACGAUGCCUUUCUACGCUUUACUUCUGCCUCCCCUCAUUCUCCACAUCCCUUCUCUAAAGAAGAACAAUUGGCAUGAACUCAGUUUGAGUGACUGUUUCUUUUUUUCUCUUUGGAAGAUGCAGGGAGCUGCCGUCCGUGUAACAACACUGAGAUUCUGAUGGCCGUUUGCACUAGUGAUUUUGGUGAGUACAUCUUCCUCAACGUCACGUUUUCCACUCCUCUCUUCAGCAUCGUAAAUUGAAGCUGCCUUAUACUGAGUCAUUGGUCCAUCUAGCUCAGUAUUGCCCACACUGACUGGUAGCAGCCGCUCAGGAUUUCAGACUUCUGGACUGCCCAGUUUGCUUAGCAAUCCUUAUUGCAUUCAUCAUUGCAACCAACCCUGUGAUUGUGAUUUACUUGCCUAAUGUUACCCAGGGACCCAGGCCUAAGAACUGUUAAUUGCACGGCUCUCUCUUUUGCUUUUUCCUUUUACAUGGGAAAAAAAUGCCAUAGAAAUCACUCUUAAUAAUGCGUGUGCAGCUGUGAAAGCUAAAGCCUGCCCUUCUGGAACUCUGUCCCUGAAUGCUGCUUAAGUAGCUAACCAGGAGCUGCCUGCCUGCCAGUCCGGGCUGAGGCACCAGCAGCCAGAGCUGCCCCCACAGAGCAACUCGCUCCCCAGCUGGGACGAUGUGGCCUUUCCAUUCUCCCCUUUAAAUGCCUGCACACUCAAGGCUGUCCGGCUCAGUGGGCAGUUGCCAAUUAUUGCCCCGCACGCUCUGCUAACCUCCAGAUUUGCAACCCUAAACAAUAGGAGAAGGGGGUCAGGGGGUCUGCUGGCUGCCCACUCCAAAGUUCCCAUGGCAACCAGGAAGUCAAACAGGAGAACAAGGGGAUUUGCCACGCCGGAUCAGAUCACGAGCCUGUCAGAAUGAUCUCGGAGGGGCUAAUUCUUGCUGAUUUGGAGGAAGCCAAAGGCACCUGCGUGCAAGCAGGCUAAUAGCUGGAUUCCUCUCCAUAAUUGGCUAGAUCUGACCAGUUAUAUUCAGCUGUAGCCUUAGAGCUGGGUGCCACUACAGAGCCACUUCUGUUGAUUGAUUUGGUUUUGUUUCCAUGCUGCCUUUCAGUGCAGGGACCGCCAGUGUGGCUGAGAAAAAUAAAAAUAAUAAAACAAGCCCAGCAGCAAUAAAGUACAGCAUUGAUUUAGAAAUGCCAACAAAUACAUAAAAGCCAAGCAAGCAAAACCAAACUGAAAUAACUGAUUUGUUUGUGGACAAAUGUAUGCCAAAACAAGUAAGUUUUGCUGUUUGCCUAAAGCAGGGAUGGGGGACCAAUAUCGGGUCCUGGGGCCAAGUGUGGCCCUCCAGGCAACUCUGUCUGGCCCUCGGAGAUCUCUACAAGCCACACUCGCCAGCCCUGCUCCAUGACCAGCUCAAGUGCUUUUGCCUAGCCAGAAUAUGUCCUUGAACUGUGGCAAAGCCUCUUGCUUCCUGAGUAGAAGACAGAGAGAGACGUGUGUCAAAACUUCUGACUUUUGUAGAGCUGGAGUACAGCCUAUUGUACAAAAAUAAGGGCCAGAUCACCUGCUCCAUCCACUCUUUGCCUCUGGAUCCACCCACAACUGACAUGCCCCCCACCAAAGCUUAGUGUUGAGGGGUGAACUACAGCUCCCAGGAUUUUUUGGGGGGGGUAUGCUUUAAAUGUGCUUUAGAUGCAUGAUGUGUGCACAUGGAUGUAGCCAGGAUUUGGGGGAGGGGCAGAACCGAUGUAAUUAGUUAAUGAAGUAUUUCUAUUGUUUUACUUGAUUUGGGGGGCAGCUGCCUCCCUGCCCCCCCUUGACUACGCCCAUGUGUGUACACAUAUCCGUGGUUUGUAGGAUUUCAUACACACACACACACACACACACACACACAAACAGUUGGGUUUUAUCAGUGUGCCACUGCUCUGUAAGUUAUUGUUGACAUUGUAUUGAUAUAUCUCAUUGACUGUGCUAUUUUUAGUUUUUAAACUGCCGUACAUUUGGAUUUAAUCUGCUGUUUGUUCUCUCUGUGUGUUUUGUAAAACUGCUGUUGGCCAGUAUAUAUAUAUUUCAAACAAACAAACAUUUCUGUUUUCUCCACUCCUUCCAUCCCUGCAGUCAUCCGUGGCAAUAUACGGACAGUCUCCAAUGAGAUGGAGUCGCAAGAAUCCAUCAUCAGUGUCAGUGCCACCCGGAUCCACCGCCAAAAGUUUGCCUUGUUCCAACCGGUUGGCAAAUAUGGGAAAUCCACGGGCAGCAUCCGUACUCUGCUACGGUGUGGGGUGAAGCCGGGACCUGGCAGCUUCCUGUUCACCGGGUGGCUGCAUUUUGGGGAGGCUUGGCUCAGCUGCGCUCCUCGCUACAAAGACUUCCGCCACAUCUAUGAGGGUGCACGCCAAGCUCACGAAAACCCCUGCGAAGUCUCCUUGGACUGAUUUGUUGAUGGGAAGUGGGUGGCAGGAAUCGGUUUUGCCAAGAGGGCAGGAUCCACACACACAAACCACACCGUGCCCAUGCUGGAAAUGGCAUUUCCUGGCUUAACACAGGGAGACGAGACCUGUCUUUUGAACCCAGAAGGAACAAGCUCUUUUCUUUCCUGUAUGAGACUGAUGGCCCUACCCAUAACUUUCUCAUUGGGUCUUUCCAGCAAAGGGAGGAAUUGUAGGCCAAGCGAAAGGGCAACUGAGCUCCUCUCUGGUUAGGUUGGAACAUGCCACAAAUUGCAUAAAGGGAAUUGAAACUCUCCCAGUGUGUGGGAAAUGUUGUCUUGCUCAGGACUUCUUUAUCCUAUUAUUUACUGGAGCGCCAAAUCAAACCCACACCUAAAAAUAAGUGCAUGAUGCCCUUCCUGAGUUCCGCCCCACCCCCCAGCAAACCCCUAUUGCUAUUGCCUAUGGAUCGCAUAUGCAUUACCACCCCUCCCAACAGGAAAUAGCAUCACAGACAAGGAGACACUUCAUUCGCUGCUCCUGCCUCCUUCCCAGUUUCUGGAUGAGCUAAGGAAGCCUGCAAAGCGACCUCGUCUGUCUCUCCCUUCUGCGGCUUCCUUGGCAGGAGAACCACCAGGAUUACAUCUCGGUCAGUGGCCAAAAACAUAACAGGAAUGAGAUUCUCUUUUGAAAAAGUACAGUCUUGAUUUUCAUUGGAACACCUUCAUUCAAUCAAACGUGGCAGAAGACAUCAGGUAGGAAGACAAAGUGAGCAAGCAGUAGAAGUGAGAAGUCCGUUUACCCCUUCUUGGGCAGGUGAUUUUGCAGGCAGGCCUCAGACCUCCAUGUGAACUGGUGAAUGACAGGCCGGAUCAUUUCCUGCUGCCAAAUCAGCCAAUGGUGGCAGAAAUUUGGAGGGUGUUCCCCUGGGCAUAGGACCAACCACCCAGUGGCAGUGCUUAGCCCCACGCCCAGGGCCAGGAUAUAUUGCGGGCCUGCCUGUCCUCUCUCUUCCUGCGCCGGUUCUGGAGGGCCAGGCUCCAUUGGAUUGCAUCGUGGAAUUUUCCUACCUGAUUGAAUUGUGGAUCCUGGAUCGUUCAUUCCUGCUGGUGUGCUUUGCUCAGUGUACACCUUUAAAAGAAAAGAAAAGAAAAGCCUGCAUCAAUGUAACACUUGAGAUGCCACAGAUAUGGCUAUAGUUCAAAGGCGGGCAACCUGUGGGACCUGCAUAUGUUGCUAGACUCCCAUCAUUUGCAGCCAGCAUGGCCAGUGUUAAGGGACGAUGAACUUGUAGGUACACCAAAAUCCUGCAGGGCUACAGGUUCCCCAACCCUAUUACAAUCAACCUUUCAUGUUUCUCUGCCCCUAUGAAUUCCAAAUCUAGAUAAUCUAGUCCAUCGGAUAUGGAUUUCUAACCCAGCUUCAGUGAUGAGCUCAGGUGUUAAGGACCCAACCCCAGGUGUUGUUGCAGCUUUUCCUGGUAAAAUUUAAUACCCUGUCCCUAACCUAGGGGUGGACCCCCUGCCUCUCUCCAGAUGUUGUUGGACCCCCACCUUGUUGAGGUGUGGUUUUUUUGUAUGUGUCAUUUUUUUCUUUUGCUUGUUUGUUCUUACAUAUUUGAAAACCUAACAAAAACAAAUUUAAAAAUACAGUUUCAGAAAAUGCAAAAUAAACAAGCAAGCAAAAGAAUUUAAGCUUGAGAAGUUAGCCUGUCUACAAACCACCUUAAAUCAGUUUUAUUAAUCCAGUUUAAAUUAAACCACUGAAAAUCUCAAGUUUAGGUAAACCCUUAAAACUAGUUUUCAGUCCAGUAAUUAUUAUUAUUAUUUUUACAAGUGAGGAUUGAAGGAGUAUCAUGUGCACUAAAGUUAUAACGAUACCAAAUUUGAGAUUUUGUUUUUUAAAUCUAAAUUCUAUUGUAAGGUUUAUGUGUAUGUGUGGUUUCUUUCAUUUUCUUUUCUUUUAAAAAGUGAAAUGUUAAUAUAAAGUGAAUCACCACAGUCAGAGAGACACUGCCAGAUGCAUUUGGGCCGUCUGUAGUAAUUUUUAGACCAAAAGCAAAACAAAAUGCUGAGAAGAUCUGUAAUAUUUUAAAUAUAGUUUUUGUACAUAUUCAUGUCUGUGUACAGGUCAAGAGAGACAAAUCUGACUCUAUGUAGCUUGUAAUGGUGGGAUUUCUUUUCCAUUAUUUGUUCUUUUUUAAUCUUCCAUUUGUCUUGGGGCUGGGAGGGUACAUUAAAAAUGCUUCUUAGUAAUGCCUGAUCUAUGGUGAUUUCUCUCCCUGGCUGGGUUUAUUCUUUCGCCCCUUGGCAGUCUUCAAACAAAAUGAACGGAGCACUCGAAAGAGCUGGAGGAUGGUCAGCUAGAUAAUUAUUUGUCUAGGGAAGCAGCCGAAACAGCAGCGGUCAAACGAGCUCGAAUAAUUUAACAAGCUCUGGAAUGUGCAGUAGCGAAGGACAAGGCCGGAGCAUUGAUUUUGGCACCUGAGGCGGAAAAUCCCAAUGAGUUGCGCAUUGCACACAUAAGUACACACACGUAUAAUAACUGAC